AUGAACUCGAGCGGUCCCUUGUUCGUCGCCCAGGAGGCCAUAUGUUUUUAUCCAAUCAGCACAAUAUAUGAUUCCUGUCCGCGAUAUCUUUUUUAUGCCCUUUUACUUGCAAGUUGUGUGACCCGGUGGACAGGAUGGCUCGCCGAUGUCUUUCUAGGUGCGGCUGCUACAUAUGCUGGCACGGCAGCAAUCGAGGCUUUCAUUCUCCUUGCCAGCCCUCAAAAGACACAAGAUCCGUCUGUGGUUACUAUACCACUUGUUCCUGAUAACACGACCCUCUGGAAUGACUUUCCUCAGCUCGUCACCAAUACGAGCGAGGUCACCCUUCAACCAGCUUCCCUUGAAAUGGAUGGUGACGCUGUACUUGCCAUCGUCAUUACGGGCUACCUUGUCUUUCUACCGCUCCAAUGUUGGUCGAGGGUCUUGACUAAUGAGAGAGCUCGAAAUUUUCUGUUCUAUAUCUGGAAUAUCUUGAUGCUGGCGGGCUCAAUAUGUGCACUGGUAAAUGCUGCGACAAAAGGGAAGAUUCCUCCGCAACACCCCCCAUUUGAGAAAACGACCUCCGAUGGAUGGCAGAGUUCCUGGAGAACAUCAUCGUGGAACAAUAGUGUUUGGGAAACCUUCACGAACGUGUCAAAAUGGGGGCAAUUGGGUGAUAUCUGCUAUAACCCGUGUUUCAACUCCAGUCAGAUUCUUCGACAGCCAAGUUCGUUGCAGUCAUGGGUUGCAUCGAAGGAGUCCGAGCUGUCUCAUCCUAAUCGACUUUGGAAUAAAGUUGUUUACUCCAAUCGUUACAUUUACAGCCUGAUCAUUUUGUGUGUCAUACUGAAUUUUGUUCUUUUGACGUACAAAUUUUUGCCAUAUCGUUCACGUAUCCCAUCAGCACAGAUUGUGGUCAUUUGGCAAGCCAGAAAAACGAUUUGGCACGAUUUCAAAGAUGAGUUGGUGGGAUCAUUCACAGCAGCAGCGAGUGAACAAAAUUCUCACAAGUCGGGUGGUGCUCCUGCAGGGUCCAAGUCGUCGAAUUGGGAUCAUAUCCAACCCCUGUUCAAAAUCAGGUUUCUUAAAGCGUUUCUCCGCGCGCUGGUAGAUUUUGUUAUCCUAUUUGGACUAUUAUUCAGUAUGAUCGUCAGUCCAUUUACUAUUAUCGCUUUUGUUGCCUGGAUCGAGUGGACAAUCUAUAACGAUGGACCCUCACAGGAGAAUCCGCAGCAGGUCGGACAAUGGUCAUAUUUCGUAUCUAUUGGGUUGCUUGUUCUCUCAGCGGGAAUUUUGAUGCUAAAAUACCGGAUUGCCUCCAAGGCCGAGCUAGACUCUGAGAUUGAGGGGAUGAGAAAAGCGCUGGCGAAGUUGGAACAACAAAGAGAGGCUCGGUCGGCUUCAGAAACCGCUGCCUUGAACAUAUCGGAAAAUGCUAUAGACCGUGAAUAA